CUCCUCUUGUUGAUUUUACCAGUGUCAAUAUCUUCUUGAUCAAUUAACGUCGGUUUUCCCGGAAUCCUGUGAUGUUCGAACUGAGCAUUAUAAUCGGUCUAUUGGGCGCUGCGACCGGCUACCCCACAGCGAUUUGGCCCGCAUCACAGUUCCACGCACAAGACCCGUCUGGUUCUUACCGAUAUGGCUAUUCAUCCCCCCAUCACGCCAAAACGGAGUCCCGAGUGAAUGGAGUUACCCAAGGGGGCUACUCUUACAUCGACGCGAAUGGAAUCCUCCAGACAGUAGCCUACACUGCGGACGAUGUGAAUGGUUUUCGUAUUCGAGCGAGUAAUUUACCGCAGCCAGUUGAAAAUUCAUUAAUUCCAUCUGAAGUAUCAAAGCCACCAGCAGUACGUCAAAAGCACUUGGCGGACUACGAUAAAUUUGAUAAUUCAAUUGUUGAUAAUCCGAGUAGUGCCGAGAGCAGCGUUAAUCCAUUUUUACUAUCAACGAUUGAAGCAGCGAGCAUUAAAGUCCCCCGUCCCUACCUGAGUUCAAACGUCAAAGAGACAGCAUCACUGGUUAAUUAUCCACCGAGUAAUCCACAACCAAGUGGUGUAUAUGUGCCAAUUGUCCCCUGGAGACUGACGCACAGUGCACUGCAUCAUACGCAGGAUUCACUCGGACAAUAUGACUACAGUUAUGCGGGUGAUACCAGUGCUAAAACCGAAAGUAGGUCUCUAGACGGUACAACCAGGGGCGCAUACAGCUACAUUGAUGCUAAUGGAUUACUACAACAGGUACACUACAUCGCUGAUCACAAUGGAUUUCGAGUGCUGGCUACGAAUCUCCCCGAGGCUUAAUAAACCACAAUUUAUCACAGCUAAUUCCCCGAUUUAUAGCUUUUUCUCUCACUCUCUCCCGUUUCAUCGCUGUCGUCGAGUGGAAUAAAACGGUUUCGUAUCAAUAAAAUUGUCUGUAAUGCGAGUGGAGAAUCGAGAAUGAUGAAUGGAGAAAUAGAUAGGAGACGCUCGCAAUACGAAUAUUCAUUACGACGGGAAACAUUUCGAAAUGGUAUAUUCGUGUUGCUGUUAUCGUGUUUUUCACGGAGUGCAGGCGUAGUAUUAUUUCAACAGAUGAUCCCUUGCAAUUCGAUGGCGAAAAUUUUUGAUUAUUCGGAUCGAAUUGACAGGGCUCCACUCGUAAUUUCUUCGGUUAAAGGGAGCCUUUGUUUCUGUAUCAUUACGAAGCGAAUGCCUUUCGAGUUGAUUCAACAGGUUUUCAAUAGUACGAAAA